AUGCUGACAGUAUCGCAAAUAUCUUGGGCAGUCAUCCUUAUAAUAACAUGGCCAUGUGGAUUCAUCCUGAACUCAUCGAUUGUAGCCGUGUAUCUCCGCACCAGGAAGAAUGAAAUGAAGCGUGGGGAGUGCGACAAAAUCCUUCUGGCCAUGGCUUGCUCCAAUGUUCUCCUGCUGAGCAUGAUAGCAUUUGAUAUGACCUUUGUUACCUAUGGACUCUAUAUCAUGUUUGCCAAAGAAUUCUCCUUGGCCAUCAGCGUUAUACUCUUCUUUUCUAUUCACUUUUCAUUCUGGCUUACAGCCUGUCUGUCACUCUUCUAUUGCCUGAGACUGGUCAACUUCUCACAUCAAGUCUUGACUCAUUUACAAAGAAGAAUGUCGAUAGUGGUUCCCCUGUUCCUGCUGGCCUCACUUCUGAUUUCAUGGCUUAUUAAUGUUCCAUUAAUCUGGAUGGUCCAAAUAGACACCAAUCAAAACUCUACGAGUAUUUAUCAGGAUUACAUAUUUCAUUAUGAUCGACUCUACAUGAUUUUUAACAUUGUUUUUGGUAGCACUUUGCCUUUUGUUGUAACUUCUCUCUGCAUUGGACUCUGCCUGAUAUCUCUUCUGAAGCACGUUCAGAGUAUGAGACAGCACAUUUCUCAGUACUGGAGUCCACAGUUGAAAAGCCAUGUUAAGGCCUUCAGGACAAUGUUGCUUCUUUUGAUUCUAAACCUGAUUUUUUUCACAACGUUUGGUAGCCUUUAUCUAGUACAGAAUAAUCUUGGAGCUGUAUUCCAAGCUGUGCUUUGGUCUGCUACCAUGUUUAUUCCAUCAGGGCAAGCCACUAUUCUGAUCUUUGGAAAUUCUAAGUUUGCGAGCACCUGGUCAAAGGCUUUGCCAAUGUUUGGGUCAUGUGAUAGAAAUGUUUAA